CGAUACGAUAAAUUUAUCCAUACGACAUGUUUAAAUUGUGUAUUAUAGCUACCAUUUUGGCUCUCUCAGUAGCUUCUCCAGUACCAGUAGCGAAUCCGGCAGCAAAGCCUGAAGCUAAGCCACAAUAUCUUGCUUCGUAUACUGCUCCUGUGGUUGCCGCUCCUGCCUACACCUCAGCUUAUUCAGUUUCUCCUGUAGCUUACUCCAACUAUGUUUAUCCUAGUGCCUAUUCAGUGUAUUCUCCUUAUGCCGCAUCCUUCUUGACCUAUUAGAUGUAACGGACUAAAUAUUUGUAUUAAUCUAAUUCUUCUAUUAAAAAUGUGAAUUCUAUUGUGCCUGAGAAACUUUCAAUA